UAUCGGAUUAUUUGUCCGAAAGAAAUCCAAUGAAAAAGAAAGAAAGGUAAUGAGAUGUACAGAAUGUGAUGUUUUCGUGUACCGAUUUGAGAUCUACCACAACUAAAGAACUGCACUAUUUGAUUUAACUGAUAAUUGGUACUUCAUAGAUGAAAGACAUGAAUUUGGAAUAGACAUAAUUUAAUGGUUAACAGUGGUUAUAGAAAAGUUACAGCAACAUGAAUUCAGCAUGAACAGAUAACACAGUGACAAAUUUCAUGGAUCCAGUCAUGGCAUUCAGUACCAUAUUUAAGAAGGCUACCAACUUGCUAGGUAUAGGGGGUAGUGAUUUAAAGCCUCCUCCUCUAGAUGGAGAGAUAAUCUACUGUAAGAAUAAUGUAUGUGUUCACCCACCAGCACCACUGACCAUGGACUCUGAACAUCACCCUGGUUACCUGAAUAUCAGAUCUCAGAUGGAUAAGUCAAGAGGACCAACGCUUAUUUUAACCUGGAUCCCUAAUUCAAGUUUGAAGAAAAAUCCAAGGAGUAUAGAAAAUAGUCCAAAUAAAACAGAUGAUACUAUAUUGAAGCCAAGCCCACGCAGACAACCACGACCUGAAUUUAGCAAGGUCACAACACCAUCACCAGUCAGUUCUCCCAGAGGAUCAUCAGUAUCUGUUAACAGUGAUGUCUAUGAGUAUUAUUUGGACAGGGGACCAGUAAGGUCAAAGAAAAAACACAGUCUAGAUAAUUCAAGUGUUAAUUCUGAAGUUUCUGUUGGAUCGCGUGAUGAAUUUGCCAGUGGAGAAAGCUGGUCCCAAUUUGAUGAAAGUGGGAGGAAGUUAAGUUUGAGUAGUAAAUCACAAACCGAUUCAGGACUAGGACCUGAUCACGAAGAAAUUGUUCAAAAUAAUGAAAAAAAUUUCAAAGGUGAAUAUUUUAGAAUGAAUAAAAUUGGUGUAAAUGUAAACAAUUUACAAACCAGCAAGGGAAACAACUGUAGUUCUGUUAAAAAAACAGAAGCAGAGGAGUUGUCUUCUCCUGAUACAAGUGAUAGCUUGACAGCUGAGGAGCAGUUGGCAGCCAUGUUGAAUAGAAACAAACUUCGUGCAAAAGUGAAAGAAAACAAGAUUCGACAUAAAUCAGUCAGUAUUGAGAUGGAAGGAGACAAUAUUGUGAUCGUGACGGAAGAAUUAGAAAAAGAUCCAAUAGUCGAUCAUGACAAAUAUAGUGAAGAACAUAAUAUCAACAAAAAUGAGAGUAAGUUUGAAACAAAUAGUAGUUCUAGUAUGUCACAAUCAACAGAUGGGGAAGGUAUUAGUCUCAGUUCGGAUUCCACUCAUCCAAGCCCGUCAGGUGCUCAUUACAAUCAAAUGUUAAACGAACUUAAAGAAAAUGUUCAUAAAAAUGUGACAGAAAACGGUCAUUGUGAUCAUAUGACUGACUCUAGUGACUUAAAAUCAAAUGAUACAAAUUAUAUCAAUGAAAAAAUACCUCAUGAAAGAUCAAAAGUUCCAACAGACUUAAAUUAUAGAAGGAAAAGUGAUGAAGAUGCAAUAGAAACUUCUGGAACUACUCCUGAUAUUUCCGUGACAAGAUAUAGGACAACGUCAGAAUCAACAUCAUCAACAACUACUUCAGGACCAGAUUCAAAACCACCAAGUUUAAGUUCAUCACCUGAGAACUAUCCAUCAUUAGAUCCCAACUUCAUUGAAUCUCCGUCAAGUUGUGAUUCUUCACUAUACUCACAUAAUUUAUCAUUCCCGAAUAAUUCAGUUACAUACUCUCGGAGCAAGGGUCUACGUAAAAAUGGCAAGGAUCAAGUGUGUGGUGUCUUUUCUGUAGAUCUAGGUCAGAUGAGAUCAUUACGGCUGUUUUACAGUGAUACAGAAUGUACUAAAGGACAAGUAGUGAUAGCUAGUCGAGAGAGUCAGUAUAAAAUAUUACAUUUCCAUACCGGGGGACUAGAUAAACUGGCAGAAAUAUUCAAAGAUUGGAAUCUGUUUGCUCAGGAUCAAAGUAAAGAAUCGCGGCCCUACAAGCAGUUUCUAAUAGUACGACCCCAGCUAACUGAUGACCAAUGCCACCCAGAGGAAGGGGUAUAUAGUAUGGUGGAUGAUGAGAUGUGGAAGAGACAUAUGAUUGUAGACGGACAAAUAGAGGAAGAUAAUCAAUUAAGAAAGCACAUAUUUUUUGGAGGUUUAGAACCUGGUCUACGACAUGAAGCUUGGCCUUUCCUUCUCCAUUACUAUCCCUACGACUCAACGUUUGAUGAAAGAGAGCACAUUAGAAAUGACAGAUACAUAGAAUACCAAAAUAUUAGAAAACAAAGAGAAUCAAUGAAUGAUGAAGAACAAGAACAAUUUUGGAGAAGAAUUCAGUCAACCGUAGAGAAGGAUGUAAUCCGUACAGACAGGAGUCAUAGUUAUUUUAAAGGGGAAGACAACCCAAACAUAGAAGUUUUACAAAAUAUUUUAUUGAACUAUGCAGUUGCAAAUCCACAACUUGGCUACACACAAGGAAUGUCUGACCUUUUGGCACCAGUCUUGGCAGAGAUCCAGAAUGAGGCUGAUGCAUACUGGUGCUUUACGGGUCUGAUGCAGAGGACGUUAUUUGUCAGUUCACCAAAAGACAAUGACAUGGAUAAACAAUUGAACUACCUGAAAGAAUUGUUACGGUUGAUGCAAUCUGAUUUUUAUUACCACUUAAACCGACUUGGUGAAGAUGCUAUGGAACUUCUGUUUUGUCACAGGUGGAUUUUAUUAUGUUUCAAAAGAGAAUUUCCUGAAGUGGAUGCCUUGAGAAUUUGGGAGGCCUGUUGGUCACAUUAUCAGACUGAUUACUUCCAUUUGUUUAUCUGUGUUGCCAUAGUGAGUAUCUAUGGUGAUGAUGUCAUUGACCAAGGACUUCCUUCUGACGAGAUACUUCUACAUUUCAGCAGUCUAGCCAUGCACAUGAAUGGGGAUCUUGUGCUCAGAAAGGCAAGAGGAUUGCUACAUGACUUUCGUCAGAUACCAAAGAUACCAUGUACCCUACAUGGACUUUGUUCUCUAUGUGGACCAGGAAUGUGGGACAGUGGCCAUGUACCUAUUGUGGAAUGUGCUGGUAAUCAUGUCGAUGGUGUUUGCCCUUACCAUAGCAACCCAACGUCACCUACUCAUGUUUUACACAGUAUGGCAGGACAGUGAUUGCUGACAAAAAAGCUAAUUAAUCCGCUGCCAAUCCUAAAAUUACUGGAACUUGACUCAUUCUAACAUGAAAUUAAGUUUUUUGUUCAUCACUUCAAUGUUUUUAAAUUAUGUUGCAAUAUUUGUUUUAUUUUAGGGUAUUUUUAGUGCAAUAUUAUUUUUAAUGCCUUGCCUUAUUAGUAUAUUUCUAUUAGCACACCAUUUUGCAUGAGGUCAGACUGAAAGAAGAGAUAUAUUUGAUAAGGUCAAACUUUUACAAGUUGUUUUGAUAUUAUGUUGUGAGUUAAUUAAUUCACGGUAUACAUAGCACAUGUUAUGUUGCAAAAAGUUGGUGACUAUUUUGUUCUUGUCCUGAAUUUGCAUUUUAAAGAAUAAUUAGGUUAAAACAAUGAGGUAGAUAUAGUUUUAAAAUCAUUAUUAGUGGUUUUCUGACAUUCAAUAUUAGUGAAUUGUCUGCUUCUGUAUUUAGUGAAUUGCCUCCCUUCAUUUUUAGUGAAUUUCAUUUUAAGUAAAUUGUCUCCCUUCAUUUAUUGUGAAUUUCAUUUUAAGUCAAUUGUCUCCCUUCAUUUUUUGUAGUCUAGACAGAAUUUGAUUAAGUGUUCAUUUUUGAAUAUCAUUUUCAUAUAAAAAAAAUGUUAUUAGUGUUUCACCUGUUAGACAAACAUUGUACAGAAAUAUUUGUAUAAAAAAAAUGCACAACUUGGUGCUAGAAUUCAUUAUAAAAUACAUCUUUAUGAUAUACAUGUUCAUGUCAUAGUGUUGUUGUUACACAUAUUUAACUCAUUGAUCAUCACCUAUCAAGAAUUCUAGUUAAAUGCUUUCAAGGAUAUAAUGUAAAUCCUUAACACUUAUUAUUUGUAUGUAUGUUGCCUUCUACAAUGAUAUAAAUGAGUAUAUUGAUAUUAAAGUUUGUGCAUUUUGGGGAGGGGGAAUUAUUUAUAAAUGUGAUAUUAUGUUUAAAAUUGUAAUUCUCCAGUGUUAACAUCAUGGGGAUCUACUGUAAAUUGUUUAAAAGGGGUACAUUCCUGCCAACUUUUCAAAAAGCCAAUGGGGGGUUUUACUUGCAAGAUGGCUCAUAUAAUCCUACAAAACCUUCAAGGGGGCCUUCAAUUAUAUUUUAAUGUUGUUUUUUUGGCUUCUUCAUACUUUUACAACCCCAUAGCCAUUGUAAAAUUAAUUGCUUUGUUUAAAAUUGUGGACCAAAUAGCUCUAUCAAAAUUUCCAUUUGGGAGCCUCCAUGGGGGAAAUCCCCCGCAAAUAGUGACAGUUGGCAGGUAUGGGGGUAUAAUAGGCAAAAUAUAUGUUAUUCACUAUCUAGAAUUGAAAAUUUUGUUUAAUUACCACAAUAAAAUAAAACACCUUUAGAGAUAAUUUCUUAAUGAUUGUAGAUUCAAACUUUAGUUGAGUUGCUUGUUAUGUUUGUUUAAAAAUUUGCUCAAGUUUUGUUAUUAAGAAUGACAUCUACACACUAUGUAAGAAAUCUUAGUUAAACCUGUAUAGUUAAAUUUGAUUAUUGAUAAUGUCCAAUUAUAUCCAAAUAUAAUGUAUACAGGUUUGACUCCUCAUAUUUAUAUUGCAUGCAUAUGGCAAUCUUAAUAACAAUGUGUAAUGCAAUAUUGUUAUACAAACAAAGCAAACAAGCCAACUAUAGAGGGUAGGAAGGAACUUUCAAAAUAUCCCUACAAUCAAGAACCAUUUUUUUGCAUAAUAGUAAUAGAAUUAUACAGAAAAAAGACCAAUGACCACAUUUUUUUAGAUUAUUUUGCAAAAUGGUAAUUAUGUGAGAAUCAUACAGAAAAAAGACCAAUGACCACAUUCAAUAAUUAAACUUCCCUUCCUUCCACAUGCAUUUUAAUGGAAUAGCCCUUACCAUAAAUGUUGUGUUUUUCAGUGUAAUUUUGCCAGGCUGGUGUAUACCCUGUUAAUAACAAGAAUCUCUCGUUUAAUAUUUUACUUAUUCCUUAUUCCUGUGAUAAUAUAAAGAGUAAUAUAAGAUAUUUACUUUAAAGUAUAUUUAUUUAUGUUGUACUAUUUUACUUACUUUUUUUUAAGGCAUUCCAUGUACUUGUUGCUUAUUUGCAGAUUAAUCGAAUGAUUUUUACUUAUUUGAUAACUCAAGAAUAAAUUUGAUAGUUAUUAAUUGAGUUUGUUUAUAUAUUAUUAUCUAAAAUUUGUCUAAAAUACAAAUUAAAUACUGACCUUUUAUUACUGGUUCAUGUGUUUUAAUAAAUAUGGAACUUUUGUAAUUCUUAUAAAUAUUUUAGUAUGCUAUGAAUAAUGUGAGAGGGUUUUAGUCAACUUGGUUGAAAUGAAUUCAGCAGCUAAUGCCCUUUUAGUAGAGGAACUUGUAAAAAGGUAUUCUCUGCCAUUUAAUUAAUCAUUCAAAUACAGUCUAUAUUUUUGGAAAGAUUACCCCCAAAAACCAUUAUACAUUUUCAAACAUAUUAAGUUAUUUACAAUCAAGUGUAAUUGUAGCAUGUUUUAAUUUGCUUGCAUUUUAUAUUAUUUUAAUGUUCUUCAGAAUUGAUGAUUAUUUGCAAUCUCCUUGAAUAAUUCUGCUUUAGAUUUUUUUGUUACAUAAUCUAUAUUGUACACAAAAAACUUCUGAUAAUAAAUUAAUCUAACAUAUUAACUUCUAAACACAUUGUAACCUCACAUUUUUAGGUGCAAUAUUCUUGUUUUUUAUGGAAAGGCAUUUCUUCUUUUUUUUGUUUUACAGAUUUACAAUAGGGCACUCUAAUUUUAGAUCCCUUCGUCAGUUUAUUCUAUCACCGCCUCACAUUCUUAUUAAUAAUUUUUUUUAGAAAGGGACAUGAUGCCAUUAGAGACUUUAUUUUGCAUAAUUUUUUUGAAAAAAAGGUUAACUUUACACAGGCUUCUUAGUGAAGAUAAUGCAGCCUAAGAAGGAAAAUGAAUUAUUUUAUUCUGCAGAGUCAACCUAAUAAUAGAAAUUGUCACAUGACAAACAAUGUCCAGUUUGUACAAUUGAACUUAAAUCUGAAUAUCAUGUUAUAAUUGUUAUUUGUCAAGUUUUAUUCUAUUCAAUGGUGUGUUGUAAUCUUGAUACAGAUGGACAAUUUCUCAUUUCAGAAUCUUAUGCAUUCUGGGUAAUAUUUUCAACAGCUUUCACCAAAAUGAUAUGAUUGGUUUAAAACAACCUGAACAAUUGAAUUGGAAUCAACGAUGUACUAUUAUUAUUUUUUUGAUGUAUCAACAAUGAGAUAACACAUAGUCCUUUAGAUUCUAAAAAGGCCAAUUAUUAUGUGAAAAGAUAAUCUGUAAAUGAUCUUCUUUGUGUUUUAUUAUUGAAAAUAAAAUAUUAAACUUUUUCUUUUAAAGCAAUCUCAUGUUUAAACAUGAAUCUUCAUUCCAGGCAUUUUAUUUACUUAUUUAUUUUUACAGAGUAUAUGGUUGUAACAACAUUCUCAAUGAUCAUUUGUAGUGAUAUGUAUUAUAUGAAUCAUGUUGUUUGGUCAUACAAUGACUAUAUAUUUAUCUGUUAAUGUUUUAUUGAUUAUAUGUAAAUGUAAAUAAACUAUUGUUUAUUUGAA